UAAUGAGGCCGUUAUUGUUUGAAAGUAUAUGUGAGAUAUCGCCUCUUUAGAUGGCAGAAUAUAGAGUUUAUUUUUCCUCUUCCCAAAAGGAUUAUAAAAGCAACUGAAUGCAACAACACUACUACGUAACAGUGAAACAGUAACUUAUAGAUAAACGGAUAACAUUCAUAUGCAAUCGUGAUAAAAAUAUUCUUAACUGGAAAAUUAGAAAAAUAAGAGAAGAAUAAAAAAUUUUUUACGCUUAGCAAAAAACUAUUUACACACAGGUUGUGAUUUUUGCCUUACUGAAAAUGGAAUCUAUGGAGUAUGAAAUGGCACGUAACAUGACGUUGUUGUUUUUCUUAGAGCGUUUGCUGGACAAAGGUGAGCCACGCACUGUACAUGAUCUAUCGUGCCAAUUUGGAAACAAAGAAUUUACUAAGGAAAUGCGUCAAAUUGCUGGAGGAAGCCAAUCUGGUUUGAAAAAAUUUUUAGCUCAGUAUCCAUCAAUUUUCUUGGUUGAUGGUGAUUAUGUGCAAGUGAAUUCGUACCAAAACAGUCUGACGGAUGAUGGUACUCUUGGAGGUCGAAGGGAUUAUAUUAAAGAGGCUAAAGAAUAUUUUAAGAAAAAAAUGCUAUUAUAUGGUAUUGGGGUUGAAGUGCCGGUAAGAAGUCUUUUAGGACAUCGUUCACAAGCAUCACCUCAAGUGCGUCAUAUAUCGGGUCAACAUAUAAAAGAAUUUACGGAUUUUUUACUCAAACAUCCUGACACCUUUAAAGUUGUAGAUGACCAUGUCGUUUUAGUGGGCUGUGAAGAUAUGAAAGAUUUACCGCCAAGUGAACGUUUACAUUUGCCGGAGACUAUUAUUGAUACUAAAGCGACUCAACAGAUACUUGACUUUUUAGCGCAAUGUAUUGAAAUAAAAGGUCCUAUAUUAGUAGAUUCUUUAUAUCAAUUGGUUACAACAAAAUUUCCACAUGAGCAAUGCUUACGUAUGUUUAAAACACCUGGGGACUUAACGACGUUUCUUAGAUUAUUUUCAGAUUGUUUUCACAUACAAGCAAAUCUAGUCACUUUACUGCAAAAACCAAAACUCAGUGAUUCUCACAUACAACAGGCGCAAGCGAAAUCACGAGAACAAUAUAAUGCAAUGAAUAACAAUUCGCAAUUGCAAUCUCAACAACAACAACAGCAACAGCAACUGCCACCAGUAAGCGCAUUGCAACAGCGUUUGCUAUCAUCAGUAUCCCGAAAUGUAAGCAACAACAGUCAAAACAAUAAUACCCAACAAAUAUCUCGAAAUAAUGGAAACAUUAUUAAUAAUAUUAAUAACAAUACUUUUUCUCCAAAUUUUAAAAUUAAUGCUCCAGUGUCAAACAUAACAGAGAAUAGUGAUGUUUUACAGUCACGUUCAGAACCCAAUUCUGGAUUUGAUAACUAUGUUCCAAUGUCAGAGUUAAAACUGGAGAAUCUUUGUGAACAAAACUGCCCAAAUCCAAUUUUAGCCUCAUCGUAUGGUCUCUUAAAUAAUAGUAAUCAAAAUCAACAACAGCAGUCACCCCAAAAUUCUCAAAUAAAUUCUCAAAAUUCUAAUUCUCCAUCUUUUACACCAACGGAACGGCUAAGUAGCGCUAAUCAAACUUUAAAACAACGAAUCAAUAGUUUAGUAAUUCGUACAUUAGCCGAAAACUAUGAAAAAGAUAAACAAUUAGCCAAUCAAUCGGCUAACAUUGGAUAUAAUUUACAAAAUUCUACUCACUCUAGUCCUGUGCAUUCCAAUGCGAAUUUGAGCAAUACUUCAUUAUCCUCGUCUGCAAACCAUUCCCCAAGCCAC